UCCACAGUAGCUGGUGACGGGUGACUGAUGAUUAACCUGGCGGGGGGGUGUUGACGCUGUGCUUUCGAGGCGAUGGGACGUGAGGACAGAAACGAUACUCCCGAGAGCGGGUUAGCCAGUGCGCCACCCACAGCGCGUCGUCAUGGUUUCACCUCAGUCAGCCCCAACAAACCUCCCCUGAUCAAUAGAACAGUUUCCUGGUUAGUUGAAUGUGUUUGCUGUAUGACUGCGUGUGUUAUGAAUUACUUUAUUGCCUUGUUAUUUGACUUUCAUGUUUUUUUGUUCCUUGUACAAAUGUCUCAGAACCACUUUACAGAUUUUCACUCCAUUGUAAAUUAUGCCACAAUUAUAGUCAUUUUCAUUUUAUAUAGUCAUUCAUUUUCUUCUGUUUGAAAAAAAUACACCUAUUGAUUAAGAAGAAAAUGGCUGUCCUGGGUAGUACUUAUUUGGAAUGAAUUCUAAAUAAUGAUCUAAAUGAUAGUGAAAAGUGAAUGUUCUUGCUGACUUGGAUGCUAUAUUCUUGCAAAGACCUGAGCUGUAUUGGGGUUAACCCAGUCUGUUUAUGUCAAAACAUCUAGAUUCCAGCUUUUACUCACGGGGAUACCAACAGUAUCCCAAGGGUGACAGUAUAGCCUCUAGUCCAGUGGUAACCAACCCUGUUCCUGGAGAUCUACCGUCCUGUUGGAUUUGACUCCAGCACUAACAAAGCACACCUCAUUCAACAGUUAUAGAUUGCGUUGAGCUACUAAUAAGCAGAAUCAGGUGUGCCAAAUUAGGGCUGGAGUGAAAACCUACAAAAUGGUAGAUCUCCAGGAAGAGGGUUACCACUGCUCUAGUCUGUCGUGCUGUGCAGCCCCUAGAGUUCUGCUCAGUGUAUAUACAACACAGAACAUGAUGCAAUAAGGGAGUGUGACUGUAUAAUUUAGUAUGGAUCUUACUGUGAUAUAAGGAUGGCUCAUAUUUAAGGAUGGCUCAUAUAAGGAGUGCACUUUGCACCUUUCUGUGGCUUUCUGGCACCUGCCUGCUACCCUGUUCACAGUGUGACCGACAGGUACGGCACUUGCACGAAGACUACUUGCUCGCUUCUUCGUACGCAAAUGUGGAGGAUCAGAUUGAGCUGAAGAAGAUCAUUGACCACACCUACUUCUUGUACCAAGAGACAAGCAACCGCUUCCAUGGCGUCAUCGAUCCCACCACUCUGUACAGGGCCCGAACUGAGUACCAGAGUGAGUUCCACAAGUUCCUGAAGAGACCAAACGCAGACGACAUACUGUUUGAGACCAUCCUGAUAAUGGAUAAAGGCAGACAAAUCCUGCAGAAACAUCUGGAGGUCUUCGCCCAGACAGGUCUUUGCCCAAACAAGUGCGGGCUGUUGCAUCAGCAAGUGAUGGAUUGCAGCACCUGUCGCUAUGAGAUGCGCACAUGUCCAUCUCCCGCCGGCCAGCGUGACUGCGGGGAAUACCACUUGGGGGCGGAGGAGGGGGAUCAAGUGGUGCUAAACUGUUUCCUGCCCUGGCAUAUUUUGGUUAUGGGGCACAAAGACUACAAGUACUCCCGUGAACCAGGGCUGACUUCGUGUCAGAGCAGUGACACUGGGGUGUUGGUGGUGACCCCUGACUCGAGGAUCGUGUUGAACCAGCUGCGUCACGAUGAGCAGGGUGUGUACCGCUGCCUCCUCCUGGACAAUGACGGUACUGUCUUGUCCUGCAUGCACUACGUCCUGACAGUCACUCCUUUGCCCCAGACCACUCCCCGACACGUCCCCACCCUCCCUACUCUUCCUCCUGGCGAGGACCACACUCCUCCUCCACAGGGGUCUCAGAGCAGUGCCCUCGUUGGAAUCGUCGCCGCGGUGACAGCUCUGGGUCUAAUGGCCAGCCUGGCCGUUGUAGUGGUCUUUGGCGUGACUCUGAAACGGAGGGGGGAGGAGGCUCGAGGUCGGAGGCGGGGGCAGGAAGUGGAGAUGACACGGGUGUCGACGUCGAGCGAUUGA